AACCCGAGGACCCACAAGCAACAUCGAGAACUACAAUACUGACGACUAUGGCAACAUGCUCCUCACUAUGGCAUCAAGACAAAUGAUUGAAAUGUCAUGGUGGGGAUCACUCGAAGUAAAGUAAUUUACACUGUGAGCCUCUUCCAAUUUAUCGUUGCCUGGAUGACGUGGAGUCUUGCACCAAGAAUGGUGAAGGCCACAGCGGGGAUCAUUCUGGCGUUGCGUGUGCUCUGGCUGAUUGUAGAUGUUUGGUAUUGGGCAGGUUUGUCAUUUAGGCAGGAGCUGCAGAAGAAGUACAACCUACUUAGCUUGCUUGCGUGCUAUGGACUGCUGGCCUCAAAACUGCUAGGUGUGCUGCGCUUGGCACCAGGUGCCAAACUCGACAUGUUGAAAGCAGAGUGAAUCAUAAGACCAGGCCAUCGAUUGGAAGCCAAGAUUUUGAUGUGGCAAGCGGCAUGAGGCAAGCCGCAGUCCUGCUCAUCCAAAAUUGAUGAGCAGGACAGCGGUCUUGCCAGUGAAGGUCCGGUGCAAAGCAACAAAGUGUGGUAGACAAGGACCAAGCAAGUGUUCAAGUUCAACUUUCAACACGCAACCACCGUACCAAUACACAGGGCCGGUAUGGUCUAAUGGCUAUGAAUGACGCAUCCCUCAUUGCGUCGAACCCGGGUUCAAUCUCCAGGUGCGACGCGGACCGGCGGAUGGGCGCGCUCAGGGUGUGGACCGCUCCACACAACCGUACCAAUGCACCGUCAUGAGAAUCAAACCCAUCUCGACUUGGGAGU